UUGUUUUUCCUCUUUUUCUCAAAUGGGAGAUUGAUUAGAAUGAAAGGUUGGUCUGCCCUACCCCACAACUAUUCUAUUAACCCAACCAAACCAGUGUUUAUCCCUUAACAACCAGACUUUUCCCACCACUAUUUACCACUAAACUCACCAAUUUCUUUUUUAUUUUAUUUUCAACAUUCCACCAAUUCACACAUGCAUCCCCAUCAUUCAAAUUUCAACCUUACUACCAAACCAUCCCAAUAUAAAUUCCCCAAAACUCGGUCAGGCCAAAAACCACGUACCUUAAUUUCGCCCAUCAAAAAACCAAACACAAAAAUCCAGAGUAAACACCGUAACUCAAGAAGCUAUGGGGAACACCAUAGGAAGGAGUAGAAAGGCCAAGGUCAUGAAGGUCGAUGGAGAAACGUUGAAGUUCAAAACUCCGGCCAGAGCCAACGACGUCGUCAAGGACUACCCCGGCCACGUUCUGCUCGACUCCGAAGCGGUCAAACAUUUCGGCCUUCGGGCCAAGCCCCUUGAGCCUCACCACGAAUUGAAGCCCAGGAAAAUCUACUUCCUCGUUGAAUUACCCAAGAUUCAACCCGAAGACGAUAAAACGGCGCUGCAUAGGAGGGUGCGAUCCAGUGGUAUCCGCGGCAUGAACGCUAAGGAUAGACUCGAGCUCUUGAUGCUCUCCAAACGCUCCGUGUCGGACCUCGCCCUCGUUAGGCCCAACUCCAAUCUGGGCUCUGAUGGGCCCAUGAGGGUUAAGAUGAGGCUCCCCAAGGCCCAGUUGGACAAGCUCAUGGAGGAGAGCACCGACGGGUCCGACGUGGCGGAGAAAAUCAUAAGUUUGUACAUGGGAAACAAUGCCGGCGAGGCCGCCGGCAGUGCUGCGGCAGAGGACGGUGGCGCGAGGACGCUGCACCAUCACACUCACAAACCACGUGGGAAACGAGUGAGUUUUAGCCCCGUGGAAAAUGAAGAAAAUCGCGUGGAAGCAACUUCUCAAUAGUUAGUAGUGAAUAAGAGUGGUUUCUUCUUUGUAAUUAUUUAAGUAGAAGGAAGGCAAAAACACAAAAAGCUAGCCAGAGCAAUAGCACCCUCACACUUUGGUUUUGGUGCUUCAAAAAACAUGUUAAUUUUGUUUCAACUACAUAUAUGAUAGAAGAUAUAUAGAUAUGUACAUACAUGGAAUAUUCAUUUGUAGUGCUUAGAUUAGAACAUUAUUGCUUCCGAUUUC